UUCACAGUUAGUGGUUCAAGAUUUGUAUCGGGAGCCUUGUUUGUGAUAAGUUCGGCAGAAAGAUAUAUGUAACAUAGUUAUCGUUAUCGUUAUUCCGCGUGUUUUCGAGUACAAAAAUAAACAUGUCCGAGAUUGACGCGAAAGUGAACAUGUCCCUCGAUGAGAUCAUAAAGAUGGAGAAAAAGGAUAAAAAGAAUAAAAAGACAGCACCUCCGAAUAAAAAAGGCAAUAUCAAACGCAAUCGCGCAGGUAACGUGCGGGGCCGAGGUGGUUUCAGAGGCCGUGGCGCGAGGAAUGCCAAUCAAAACGGUACUCCGGCAAAAGCAAGUCAGUCAUGGCGUCUAAAUCGCAAUCAGAAUCAGAAUAUCGUCCAAGGUGGCUAUGUUAAACGACGUUACAACAAAAAUGGUGGCCUGGUCAGAUCGAGAAGCAAUUUAAACUUGAACGUAAAACGCGGCGGGCCAAAUAAUACUACCAGAGGUGGCUUGAUGUCGCGUCGAGGUCGAGGCGGCAGGCCUGGACUAAACCGCAGCAGGAGCCGCACAAAUUUAACUUUCACUCAGAGAGGAUUUUAUACUGGAAACAAUAACAACAACAACAACAAAAAUCUAUUGAAAAGAACAAACAGUUUGCCUAAUUUGAGAGAUCCCACCUCCGUGCAUAACAGAUUGGGAUACCAGAGCCCCGCACAGGCUGCUUAUCGGAAUCGUGUGAAACGAGCUAAACAAGUACUCCUGCAACGUCAAAAUCAGAGAUUGAAUCAUCCAAAUGAAUUCAGACUGCCGCAAAUUGGUAAAUCCCUGACGACACUUCAGCAGAGAGCAUUGGAGCGACGCCAACAAAUACUUACAUCUCAACGACGCUACAACACUGGAGGCUUACGCUCGGACCAGAUAGUACGUGCCCAACGACGGGCUCAGUACCUACAGAAACUAAUGAGGAUGAAUACCUCACGGAUGAACACUGGUCAGAAUGUUAAUUUCAUGUGCACUCUUGGAAAUGACUACGUGCGUGAAAUUCGUCAACGAUCAAUGAGUCUGUCUCGAAACCAGGGCGGAAAUGUAAGCAACCUGCGCCAAUUACCUCGGGGACGCUCUCCAUUCAGGCAAAGCAUGCAAAGCUUGAACAUGGUUGGCCGAGCUCCACUUUUUGCCCAGCAACAGAGGCGUUCCCGCUCCCGAUCACGUUCCCGCUCUCGUAAUCGCAACAUCCCUAUCGCUGACCCAGGAACUGAUGUCGAUGAUCGUACCUUCAGUGAAGUUAUGUACAGUUUGUCUGGGAACCUUGGUGUAACCGGAAGGACACUUAACGAUAGAUUCAGUUUCUAAGGGCAAAAAGUGAUUAUCAUAGACCCGUCGAUAAUCUAAGACUGUUAUUCUAGAUGAAAACGGGGUAACUGAUUGAUUUGGCAGAUUAUGCCCAACUAAUGAGAUUUUAGACGUAUGUGUUUGUCUAUCAUGAGGUCGUAAAUCAAUUGAAGGUGUGAAUGUUCAUGACUGCACACCGUUUCUAUCGACAUUAAGAUAUCUACAUCUCAAUAACUGUAAAUCUUUACUAUAUAUGACUGACCUCUCAAACAGAAAAAAUUACUUGGAAAGUACUAUUUUCGUUGACUUCAAAAUUAUUAUUGAUAAAAAAAAAUUAUUUUUUGUUCUACGUUUUACAUUAAUUCUAUUCGUAAAAAAAAUCAAACCUUGUAUUGUUUCUCUAUUGGAUUGGUGAUUUAUUGGUAUUUCUACUGUGCACAAGAACGUAUACGUAUGCUGUUAUGGCAUGAUUCUCUGGGAUCAGAAAUAAUUAGAAACUUGUAGAUGGCUUCAUGUAAUAGAAAUUUGAAAGUGAUAAAAUAAUUUUUGCACAACUUUCACAGUAAUUUUAAUUUCUGAUGAUAGUACUAUUGAAUUUUAUAUUUAUUGGACGGUUUUCAAAUUUCCCACGAAUUACGUGCAAUAAGAAUUUGAAUUCAAGUUACAUAUUCUAGAUGACCCUUUUAUUGAAUUACAAUACUUCAAUAUUGCUACUUCUACUGUCACUCUGGAGAAUACUUAAGAGAAAAGUAUAUGAAGUGCCCAUAAGAAUGAAUUACUUUCAUUAACCAAUAUUCAAAAUUUCUUUGAAUACUUUCAAAUUAUGGAAACAAUGUUCUGAAUACUCUAAUAAAAUGUCAUUCAAUGAGUUUGUAAAAUAUUAAAAUUCUAUAGACGAUAAAAGUAUGAAAAUUGUUAUAAAUGAAGCAAAGCAGUUCCGAGUAGUGUUUUUGAUGCAUAUUAUACCCGUUACUUGAGUUACAUACAGCAAUGUGCAGAUGAGGUACAAAAGUCUUGUAUAAUUUAUUUUGUUAUUUCGUUCAUUUUGCUUUCAUAGUUAUUUCAGGCCAUACCGAAUUUACGGAAAUAUAUCGAGAAAUUUAAGAAUAAACAUUUUCUCUGUUAAUCAUUCUGAUUAAGUCAAAAAAUAUUUAGUUCGUACACAGAGUUAUGCAUCACGACAUACAUCGUGACUGCAAUUCACAUAGUCAUUCUUUAAUGUCUUCAGAUGUAAAUAGGCAGCUUAACUGUAUAUUGUACAGUUGAAACUGAAACACGCUUUACUUAAAGCUGCGAAGUUUUGCGGACAGAGACAAAUAUUUGAGAAUAGUGAACAGGGUGAAAUAUUUAUUCAGUAGUUUGCACAUUGAGUGCUUCGUUUAGUUUAACAUUUCUCUUAUAUGUAUAUUAACUGUUAACCUGUGUGAUACCUUUGUAAGGAGUGUUUUAUCUGUAUAAUAACAGUAAUUAUUAUUCUUUAACUAUAAUCCCUAGUACUCACAUAAUAUUAGAAAUCAUACGAAUAUCGUUUCAUAGAAGUUGAAGUGUAAUAUAUAAAGUAAAAUUUCUAAGAAACUUCAUAACAGAUCACGAAAAUACAGUCGCCACGUAAUAAAUAAACCUGAAUAUGUUGUUUUUU